GGAAUAACGAAGAGUAUAAUUAUCAUGACAUAGAGUUAGAAUAUAUAGAUACUGACUUGGAGUUGGCGGAAGGAAAUACCAGUUUGGAAAUAGAGCACAUAAAAGUGAAAUCUAAUAGUUAUCUAGCUAGAACAGAUAGUUCGAAUCUUAGUGAGGAUAUUUAUAAAUCUAAUUCUGAGAUUUCUACUUAUACUAUGCCUUGUUCUGACUAG